AACAAAAAAGGAAAAAAUUCACAGGAAUGUCGUCAAGGCGAAGAAACCCGCCUUUGUUGCUUCUUAUCUUCCUUUCCGUGUCCAUUUCCUUUCUUUUCGUCUCCUCCUCUGCAGCUCCCGAAGCUGAAACUACGACGUUUCAUUUCCGAGCUCCUCGAUUUCAUGAUUUUUCGAGAGCCGGACAUGGCUUAGUGGCGCCAUUCGGCAUAAGACGCCAUCUCGCCGACGACAACUCGACGGAGGUCGGUGAUGGGAAUUCGACGACUUUUGUAUUGGCUGGAGAGAGGACUCGAAGGAAAGAUCCAUCGGAUAACUUGGAAAUUUACACUGGUGGAUUCAACAUCAGCAAUCUUCACUACUGGACUUCUGUGAGUGCUACAGCAGCUCCAUUCUUUCUCGUAGCUGGACUUUGGUUUGCAGUCUUUGGGAUAUCUCUAGCCUUAACCUGUCUAUGCUAUUGCUGUUGCCCUAGAGAGCCUUAUGGCUACUCUCGAACUUGCUACGCCAUCUCCCUCAUCUUCCUCGUCCUUUUCACCAUUGCAGCAAUUGCUGGAUGUGCUGUUCUGUAUACUGGACAAGGGAAGUUCAUAGGCAUAACAUCAGACACAUUGGAUUAUGUUGUGAGCCAGGCAGAUGUAACAGCCGAAAGCCUCAAGAACGUGUCGGGGUAUCUUGCUGCAGCCAAGUCGGUUGAUGUGGUCAAGAUUUACUUGCCUGCCGAUCUGCGGGGUACACUAGAUAACCUUGUGGCGAAGACCAACUCGUUCGGGAACACAUUGUCCAGCCGAACUCAGGAUAACAGGAGGAAGAUUAAGGAUGGGUUGAAUGGCGUGAGGUUGGCUCUUGUGAUCCUAGCAGCUGUUAUGCUUUGUUUGGCAUUUCUUGGCUCAUUAUCCUCCAUUUUUGGGAUGACUUGCCUUUUAUACUUCAGCCUGGUGAUUCUAGGAUGGAUCCUUGUUGCUGGCACAUUUAUCUUAUGUGGCGUCUUUCUUCUUCUCCAUAAUGUGGUGGCGGAUACAUGUGUUGCAAUGGACGAAUGGGUCCAGCACCCUACGGCCAAGACGUUCAUGGACGAUAUCCUCCCAUGUGUGGACAAUGCAAUUGCACACGAAACGUUGGUGCAAUCGAAGCAGGUCUCUUUCCAUCUCAUCAACUUGGUUGACAACUUCCUCGCCAAUUUCUCCAACCGCAACUUCCCCCCAGAACUCGGACCUCCUCUCAACUACAAUCAAUCUGGUCCGUUGGUUCCUCUUCUCUGCAACCCCUUCGACUCCGAUCUCACCGACAAGGACUGCGCUCCUGGUGAAGUCGGCUUCCAUAAUGCUACUGAGGCAUGGAAAUCCUAUGUGUGCCAAGUCUCGAGCGCCGGCACGUGCACAACGCCCGGCCGAAUGACUCCACAGCUGUACUCCCAUAUGGCGUCCGCCGUGAACGUGAGCUACGGACUUUACCGCUACGGACCGUUCCUGACGGAGCUACAAGACUGCACGUUCAUGAGAAGAACGUUCACUGACAUCAACACUUGGUACUGCCCCGAUCUCCGACGGUACACGCAGUGGAUCUACGUCGGGUUGGUGAUUGUCUCGGCCGCGGUGAUGCUGUCGCUAAUCUUCUGGGUGAUCUACGCCGGAGAGCGCCGCCACCGUGUCUACACCAAGCAGUUCAUGAUUGGUGGUGGAGAUCACAAUAGGCGUCUUGAUCAGUGGCGGAGUAAGGAAUUUUAUGUAGGGGUAUCCCUUUCAAAAAUUAAAUUUAAAAAAUUUAAAAUUUUUUAGAUAAGAUAAUGUCCGCCGAGUACAAGUUACUUACUAUAAAAGUUCACGAUAUGU